GUGAAAGAAAUGGAGGCUCUUCCUCCAGCGAGAGCCUUGCCCGGCUUCUCUGGAUUCAUGCCGCGGCGCUGCGCCAGGUCGAUUGCCGUGAGGUCCAGCUUUGUCGAUGGUCUCCAGACGCUCGGAUCGCUCAGUAUGAGAAAGCCUUACGAAGUGAAGCUCAAAGUCCGGGACUAUGAGCUAGAUCAGUAUGGAGUCGUCAAUAACGCGAUCUAUGCGAGCUACUGCCAGCAUGUACGGCACGAGCUCUUCGAGGAGAUGGGAAUCAACGCAGACUCCAUCGCUAGAACUGGCGAGGCGCUUGCGCUGUCGGACCUCUCGAUGAAAUUCCUCUCUCCUUUACGAAGCGGUGAGGACUUUGUGGUCACUGCCAGGAUCAGCAGCUCGUCGGCCGCUAGGAUCUUCUUCGAGCAAACCAUCUACAAGCUUCCAAACCAAGAGGCAGUUUUGGAGGCCAAGGCUACCGCCGUUUGCCUGGAUAGGAACUACAAGCCUGUGAGAGUCCCGGCAAACUUUAAAUCGAAGCUCAACCUCUUUCUUCGAUCUCAAGAAGAGGCCGAUGAACAGGAUUGAAAGAUCGCAUAGCACAAUAAGACCAGAGAUUUCUCGAGUAAGAAAAACGAUGCAUUUACCUGUCCUGUUGUAACAACAUUGAUAGUUACAUAUACAAUCAAGCAUCCUCUUGCAA